AUGGAUUCCAACAAAUUCCAGCUGCAUGAAGCUGUCCGAGAAGGCAGGAUCCAGGUCGUUGAGUGGUUACUCAAUGAAAACCAGAAGUCGGCUCUUGUCAAGGAUGAUGAUGGCCGUCUUCCGAUCCACUGGGCUGCGGCCUUCAAUCGAUUCCAAGUUGUGGAAUUACUAGCCGCCAGCAAGAACUUUGACCCAGAUACAGAAGACGCUUCCGGCUGGACACCUCUAAUGAUUGCAGCCAGCUUGAAGGAUGGCGCGGGCGAUGCCGUCAUCAACCUACUUCUGCGAAAGGGAGCCGAUGUGACUAUCAAAAGCAACGCUGGACAGAAUGCGCUUCAUUUCGCAAGUUCCAAGUCUAAUAUCUCCACGGUCCGCACUUUACUCGCCAAUAAAUGCAGUGCCAGGGUUAAAGAUAUUCGGGGUCAACUUCCUCUUCACCGAGCAGCUGCCGUGGGAUCUGUUCCAAUUGUGAAGUUACUAUUGGAAGAGGGCAAGAGCCCUGUCAAUGCCACGGAUGGUGACGGGUUUACAGCACUUCAUCAUGCUAUUGCGGAAGGAAAUGGCGAUACGGCAAUUUUUCUAUUGAAAUCUGGAGCAGAGCCCGGUAAGAGAGACAAUGACGGCAAAUUGGCGAUCGAUCUAGUGCCUGACUUCAAGGUCAAGCAAUACAUCCUGCAGACAGCCGAACGAGAAGGAAUUGAUCUUUCGGAAUCAUGCUAG